AUGGAGGUGUUGCGCGACGUGAUCGAUCGCUUCCGCAAUGGAACAGGAAACCGCACAGAUGUGGUUCUGGCGGGGGACUUCAAUCGCCACGAUCUCCUCUGGGGCGGAGAUGAGGUGUCAGCGAGAAGACAAGGGAAGGGGCCGGACAAGGAGAGCACCAUCGACCUGGUGCUGGCAUCGGCAGAACUGGCAGACGAGGUGAUAUCCUGCGUGAUUCACCCGACAGAGCACGGAUCAGACCACAGAGCGAUCCAGACGACCUUUGACAUUCAAGUACCGGAGCGAAUGUUUCCGCAGCGCCUGCUGCUCAGGAACGCGCCGUGGGUCGCCAUCGCAGCCAGGGUCGAGGACGAGCUUCGACCUCUUCCGUGGAACGUGGGGGUGCAGACGCAGGCGGAUCAGCUCAUGCGGGUGGUCACCAAGGUGCUGCACGAUCUGACACCCCGGGCACAGCCGCCGCCUUACGCGAAACGAUGGUGGACGAAGGACCUUACACGACUGCGGCGGACAUACACGUACUGGCGCAAUCAAGCGAGGGCACAGCGACGAGCCGGCCAGUCACGGCCGGAUCUGGAGCAACGCGCCAAGGAGGCUGCCAAGGAAUACCACGACAACUUGCGGAGACAGAAAAAGGCCCAUUGGGAUGACUUCGUCACGGACGAGAGCAACAUCUGGAAGGCAGUCAAGUAUGUGAAGUCUGGUACGGAGAUGACAGAUGACAAGGUGCCGCCGUUGAAGAGAGCCGACGGCUCGAUCACCGAAGGCAAGGGCGAGCAAGCAGAGGAGCUCCUAAGCACCUUCUUCCCGCCUCUGCCAACGAGGAUCGAGCCGGAGGGUGAACGUCCGCAAAGAAAAGAGAUAGCCAUGCCAGACCUCACGUUGCAAGAGAUUGAGGAGAAGGUGAUGGCCGCGAAGCCCUGGAAAGCGCCUGGGGAGGACGGCCUCCCUGCGAUCGUAUGGAAGAAGCUCUGGCACGCGGUGAAGCACCGUGUGUGGACGCUCUUCAGCUCAUCGCUCCGAGAGGGCGUGGUGCCUUAUCAAUGGCGAACGGCCAAGAUCAUUCCCCUGAAGAAACCAGCUAUGCAGUAG